AUGUCCGAGCGUGAAACGAAAGUUCUCACCGGGAUGCUGGAUAUGAUAUUCGACACGCCAUCCCCUGACAGCGCUAGAACGUCGAAAGACGUGGCACUAGGUGUUGGGAGAGGCCACGUUGACGACCUGUUUGCUAAGCUGCGUCGUCAUUCCAAGCCUCUUCGAUGGGCCAAGGACCCUUCCUCAGGCCUACUCGACCAAAAGAAGGAAGCCAUGAGCCGCUGUACCACUGACCAAGAGCUUCUGGAAUGGGCUCAACGAGAGGUGUUCGAGGAGUCGAGGAGGUACGAGGAAGAGGCGCGCCGUGCGAUAGCAGAGGCUUCUGCGAAGGGAGGCACCGCAGAACUCCCUAUGUUGCAGUCUCCCAUAUACGCUCAGAUGAUUGCCCACCUGAUGCGAACCUUCCGCGUUCAUUAUAAGGAUCCCAAUAUCGCCCUGUUCAUCUUCCAUCACGCCCAGAAGCUGUCAAUCGUCUCUUAUGUCUUCGGUUGCUCGACAGAGGCUUACAACGAACUCAUUGAGACUCGGUGGACGUGCUUCCGAGAUUUGCAAGGGGUUCAGCAAGCGGUCGAAGAAAUGGUUGUGAAUGGAGUCCCAGUGGACUCCAGGGCGCGUAAAAUCAUUGAAUCAAUGCGACGCGAUCUAGGCAGCCUGGAACUGCGUAAUGGAGCCAGCGAGGACAGACAGCAGGAGGUCUUAAAAUCAUUGUCCGACAUCGAACGGUUGGUUGCAUCUACUACUGAAGACACCUCGAAGAGGACUGGUCAUUCUUGGGAUCAGUGGAAGAAUGAAGUAUCGAAAGACACGAGUCUAGAGGAUUGGUCUUUCAAUGAUUGGGAAAGCCUUCAAAGUCUCCCUUCAACGUCGACGACGGGGCGUUAUCGAGGCUCUAGAAGACCAGGCAGGGACCAACUGAGAUCCCGCAGAGGAGCGCCCAUGUAUUGA